AAUUCUGUUUCCUCGACACGAAGAUCCGAACUAGAAGAUAUCUCACAAAGAUCAGACGAUAGAGGAUUCGUCUCUUUGGAUUCUGGUUUUUUGGAGAUGAAGAGGAUGAGUUUCUUAGGAAUCGACAUGAGCUGCGCUAUUGGAUCUCUCCGGAACGGUGAGUUCCCGGAGAAAGAUUGUCUUCUUCCUCUCAUGUCCAAGCUUCUCGGCUAUUGUCUCGUCGCCGCUUCCACCACCGUCAAGCUCCCACAGAUUAUGAAAAUUCUGCACCAUAAGAGUGUAAGAGGGCUUAGUGUUGUGGCGUUUGAGCUCGAGGUGGUCGGCUAUACGAUUUCUUUGGCGUAUUGUCUGCACAAAGGGCUUCCCUUUUCGGCUUUUGGCGAAAUGGCCUUUCUUUUGAUACAAGCGAUAAUCUUGGUUUCUUGCAUCUACUAUUUCUCCCAACCGGUUCCUGUAACGACGUGGAUCCGGGCUCUCCUAUAUUGUGCUGUAGCACCGACCAUACUUGCUGGUCAGAUCGACCCUUUUCUGUUCGAGGCGCUUUACGCUUCACAGCAUGCGGUGUUUUUGUUCGCGAGGCUCCCUCAGAUAUGGAAGAACUUCAGAAACAAAAGCACCGGGGAGCUCAGUUUCUUAACAUCAUUCAUGAACUUUGGUGGUUCCAUGGUGAGAGUCUUUACCAGCAUCCAGGAAAAUGCCCCGAUUAGCGUGACUAUGGGUUCGGUUCUUGGAGUUUUGACCAACGGGACGAUCCUGAGUCAGAUCGUCUUGUACCAGAAACCCGUUGCCCCGAAAGAGAAGAAGGUUGAGUGAAAAGGUAAAGAUGCGAUAGAACCCGUUACCGCUUUACUUGUUAAACGCCGGGCAGAGGUUUCAAGAGGAUUACGAGGGCGGUGUUAUAUCUCGACGGUCCAUAAUCGUUGCUAUCUCAUUUCACUUACACUUUCAAGUUCAUACAAAUAGUGAAGAACUUAGGAUCUGGAAAUCAAGAUAUUGUAUGAUCCUUGUUGAAAAGUCGGAACUUUGCCCUACUCCAA